UCGAUAAAACCAAAAACCCUAGUUGUACUGCAAGCUCCUCUAGUUCUUCGUUCAACUUCGCUUGGAGGGGAGAGAGAGAGAACAACAGCCUCUUCGGUUCCAGGAUGGUGAGAAUCAGUGUUCUGAAUGAUGCUCUGAAGAGCAUGUACAACGCGGAGAAGAGGGGAAAGAGGCAAGUGAUGAUCAGGCCUUCUUCUAAAGUGAUCAUCAAGUUUCUUCUUGUCAUGCAAAAGCAUGGCUACAUUGGCGAGUUUGAGUACGUCGAUGACCACCGGGCUGGCAAGAUUGUUGUUGAGCUAAACGGAAGGCUGAACAAGUGUGGAGUCAUCAGUCCUAGAUUUGAUGUAGGUGUCAAGGAGAUCGAAGGUUGGACUGCUCGUCUGCUUCCUUCAAGACAGUUUGGUUAUAUUGUUUUGACAACUUCCGCGGGCAUCAUGGACCACGAGGAAGCCAGGAGGAAGAAUGUUGGAGGCAAGGUCCUCGGUUUCUUUUACUGAAGAGUGUCAGCUCUUAAAACUAGUUUUUUUUUUUUUACUUUCACUGGUCGGUGUUGUUUAGUAAUGCCAUUUUUGCUCAUUUGUCGAGACAUUUAUUGAGAUGAUUUCAAAUCUGAGUUGUAAAAGAUUUUGCGCCAAUCACCGUUCUACUUUUUGAUGCAAAGGUUUUCAAUCAGAA